CGUCUAAUGUAUUAAGCAUCACAGUGCCCUAAAAUCUCAGCAACAAAACAGAAGGAGUAACGUUAGACACGCCAAUAGAUCACAAUCGCGACACGGCAUAUUGGGAAUAACACACAUUGACCUAAAGACUAAUUAUGAGGAAGAAAAUAUACCCCUUUUCAAAACAGCCAUCGUUGGUAGCAAAUUGUGCUCUUGGGAAACGGUAGCUACGAUAAUAAGCUCUGUUCAGCUGAAGCUUCCAAGUAUGCUUUGGGGCUGACAAGUUCUAAAGAAAAGGAGGGCGCCUGCACAGUGGGGGUGCAGCCAUGGGGAACACUGCUACAAAGUUCCGCAAGGCACUGAUCAAUGGAGAUGAGCUGCUGGCUUACCAGCUGUAUGAGAGUAACCCACAGUUCAAGGAGGCCCUGGACCCCAACACCUCUUACGGGGAGCAGUACCAGCACAACACACCCCUGCACUACGCCGCCCGGCAUGCAAUGACACGUCUGCUCAGGUCCUUCCUUUUCAGCAAAGAUGGGAACCCCAACAAGCGCAACGUGCACAACGAGACGGCGCUGCACCUGCUCUGCAUGGGCCCCAGCAUCCUGCUGGAGGAGCUCGCCCUGCACCCCCGCCUGACCCGGCCCCACGAGGAUGAGCGCUGCCGGGCCGAGUGCCUCCAGAUCAUCCUCAAGUGGACCGGCGCCAAGCUGGACCACAGCCAGUAUGAGAGUGCGGAUGUGAACGCCACAGACAACAAGAAGAACAGCCCACUUCACUACGCUGCUGCCUCAGGGAUGAAGACAUGUGUGGAGAUCCUGGUGAGGAGAGAAGCCAACCUUUUUGCAGAGAACGAGAUUAAGGAGACGCCGUGUGACUGUGCUGAGAAGCAGCACCACAAGCAGCUGGCCCUCAGCCUGGAGUCUCAGAUGGUGUUCUCCCGUGAUCCCCAUGCUGAUGACAUUGAGGCCGAGUACGCUGCCCUGGACCGGAGGGAGCUCUAUGAGGGUCUGAGGCCUCAGGACCUGCGGCGACUGAAGGACAUGCUGAUAGUGGAGACGGCUGACAUGCUCCACGCUCCACUCUUCACAGCCGAGGCCCUGCUACGGGCUCACGACUGGGACAGAGAGAAACUUCUGGAAGCCUGGAUGUCUGAUGCAGAGGAGUGCUGUCAGCGCUCGGGAGUACAGAUGCCCACCCCUCCCCCCAGUGGUCACAACAACUGGGACAGACUCCCGUCACCACGGACGCCCCGGAACACUCGCUCGACUGUCACCUCUCCUGAUGAGAUCAGCCUGACCCCUGGGGACAAUGGCACUGUACAGUGUGGUAUUUGUAUGUGUGGCAUCUCGGUGUUCGAGGAGCCAGUGGAUAUGGCGUGUCUUCAUAUGUUCUGCCGAGGAUGCUGGGAAGGGUUUUUGAACAUGAAAAUUCAGGAGGGGGAGGCACACAAUAUCUUCUGUCCAGCCUAUGACUGCUUCCAGCUUGUGCCAGUGGAGGUCAUUGAAAGUGUGGUCUCCAGGGAGAUGGAUAAGCGCUACCUGCAGUUUGACAUCAAGGCAUUUGUAGAGAAUAACCCUGCCAUCCGCUGGUGUCCUUGGGCAGGCUGUGAUCGGGCAGUGCGUCUGUCCAUCCAGGGUCCUGGUGCCAGCAACUCGAACCCGUUCAGCUACCCGCUGUUGCAGUCGCCUGCUGUGGACUGUGGCCGUGGGCAUCUCUUCUGCUGGGAGUGUCAGGGAGCGGCCCAUGAGCCAUGCGAUUGCCAGACAUGGAAAAUGUGGCUGCAGAAGGUCUCUGAAAUGAGGCCUGAAGAAUUGGCUGGUGUGAGUGAAGCGUUCGAGGAUGCUGCCAACUGUCUGUGGUUACUCAGCAACUCCAAACCCUGUGCCAACUGCAAGUCACCCAUUCAGAAGAAUGAGGGCUGCAACCACAUGCAGUGUGCCAAGUGUAAGUAUGACUUCUGCUGGAUCUGCCUGGAGGAGUGGAAGAAGCACAGCUCCACUACAGGAGGGUACUACCGCUGCACACGCUAUGAGGUCAUCCAGCAGGUGGAGGAGCAGUCCAAGGACAUGACCGUGGAGGCAGAGAACAAACAUAAAAGCUAUCAGGAACUGGACCGUUUCAUGCACUAUUAUACACGAUUCAAGAACCACGAGCACAGCUAUCAGCUAGAGCAACGGCUGUUGAAAACGGCGAAAGACAAAAUGGAGCAGCUUAGCAAAGUGCUUAGUGCACGACAGGGAGAAGCCCCCGACACCACCUUCAUUGAAGAUGCCGUGCAGGAACUCCUGAAGACUCGCCGCAUCCUCAAGUGCUCGUACCCUUAUGGCUUCUUCCUGGAGCCCAAAAGCACCAAAAAGGAGAUCUUCGAGCUCAUGCAGACGGACCUGGAGAUGGUGACCGAGGACCUGGCCCAGAAGGUGAACAGACCAUACCUGCGCACACCGCGCCUUCGCAUCAUCCGUGCGGCCUGCUUGGUGCAGCAGAAGCGGCAGGAGUUCCUGGCCUCCGUGGCCCGCGGCGUCGCCCCCAACGACUCGCCCGACAUCCCCCGCCGGAGUUUCGCUGGAGGAACGUGGGACUGGGAGUAUUUAGGGUUUGCUUCUCCAGAGGAGUAUGCAGAGUUUCAGUACAGGAGGAGACACAGGCAGCGGCGGCGGGGGGAGGUGUCCAGCAUGCGCAGCAGCACCCCUGAGGCAGACGACUCCAGCGAGGGGAACCUAGAUCUUCACGAGCUGGUUGGCAGCCAAAGAUCAGGUCUCCCUAUGCCCCAAGGUUCCCUGGAAGAGGAUGACCCCAACAUCCUGCUUGCCAUUCAGUUGUCACUUCAGGAGUCCAGUCGGGUGUGUGUGGGUGAUGGUGGUGGUGGUGGUGGUGGUGGUGGUGGUGGAGGAGGUGAUGUCCAGGAGGGGCUGUCGCGUGAAGUGUCUCUGGGGGCGAUCGGCAGCUCGCUCCCCUCCAGGCUGGACUCGUUGCGGCGCGGCCCCGUGCCUGAAGCCCCGCGGGCGGCCCACAGCAGCUCCGAGCUCCUGGAGCUAGAGAACAGCCUGUUGAAGCUGACCUCCAUGACCGCCGUUCCACAUCAGCUGCGCCACACCGCUCCCCGUCACAUCUACCCUCUGGAGGAUCCCCUCAACUUCCACCCUAAACCCAAAGCGGCUCGUAACCUCUCUCAACGUCCCAUCCGCAACGCCUUCAGUGGCUCGAUGCCUUUAGAGGCUCCCAGCUCAGAUGGAUUGGAUCCUGCGGACAACGCCAACCUUCUCGGGAACAUCAUGGCCUGGUUCCAUGACAUGAACCCCCAGCACAUCGCACAGUUACCUCCCUCCUCUUCCUCCUCCACCUCCGCCGGCACCGCCUUGCCCCCCCCUGCCCUCCACACAUCCCUGCCCAGCUUGACCCCAGACUCCCCUCUGAUGGAGCCACAGUUCCAGAUCUGGCCAGAAGAUGGAGUCGGUGCUGAACCCUACCGCUGUCAGUCCUUUCCCAGCAUGGAGAGUGGUGAAGUGGCUGCCACGAGACCCACUCAGCUCCAUCUGGUGGGCCUAGAUCCCCUAGGUGAACCCCCCUCUCCUCCUCUCCAGGCUGACAACAUGGACAGCGAAACCCCAGUGAGCCAUCCCAGUUACUCCCACUCAGACGCCCCUAAAUUUGACUCUGACCCGGACCAGCCAAGCAGUAGCUCAUCCGAGUGGGAGGGCCAGGUGCACCUUGUUUGAUGUGGAGGAAGAGGAUCCUCUGUGCUGAACCAUUCUCGUGAAACAGGACUACUGUUUUGGGAGUCUGGAGUCAAAGAAUCAAUGUAGCCAUGUCUGGGAAAAAAAGCUGAAAAUUGCUGAAGCUGACAAAAACGAGAGCUGAACCUCUUCUUCUUCUUCUUUUACUGUCUAUUCCCAGCUUCCUCAUGUACACUGAGCACUUCAAAUGCUUCUGAAGCUUAAGGUGUCAUCACCUGGACCAGAGGGGAGGGGGGGGGGGGGCAUCACUGACUCAGUCACCCCUCUCAGUGGCAAUCCUCACAUGAGACAUGGACACCUCUUGUAAAGCGUUUAAAAAGUCCAUGUCCAGACUGGGACAUGAAUGAAAUCAUAUAGUGUAGUGUCUCUCAAAUCUGUGCCUCAAACACAAAUAUGGCCAUAGGUCUCUCUUGUACCCUUUAGUUGUUCAAGCUGUCUGUGCUGAUGAUUGUUCAGAUGGGCUGAAACUCCCAGGCAAAUGGAGAGAAAAAAAACAAAAAAACUUGAUGACUGAUUUAAAUAACAUUGCGUACUGUCAACAUAUUAAGACAAUGGGUUUAUCUUUCACUAUUACGGAAAAACUGGUGCAUCAUCUUUGAUUAAUUCUGACGGGGAUGUGUGACUAGUGUUCCAGCAUCUGUUGUUUGUCCAGGUGGAUGGGACCAGUUCUGUGUUCCUGUCAACAGCUGUGUAGGCGGUCAUUUAUUCUGUUCUAUUGUUGCCUUUUUAAAGGGGUCGUUGAAAGUGUUAUUGUAGGUGCCAAAACUAGACUAGCCAGGUCAGAGGGUCCAGGUUUCACAAAGCAGAAAUGUAGGUGGUUUAGGUGGUGGUGCUUGUCCUGUAGCCCAAACCCCUUUGUCUCAUGAUGAGGGUGAAGAGGGCCCUGAAAGCUUCAGGAAAUGUACACAAAACUACACUAAACCACUAAAGGAGUGAGGAGUGAGGAGUGAGGAGGAGGAGGUGAGAAACUCAAAUUGCACAGUUAGAUUUGCACUUGUCUGUGGUUUGCCUCUGAGAUAUCUAGUUUGCUCUAACCUAAUCUCUGUUUUAUGCCACUGGUGACGUGAGGGCACACAACUCCAGAGUGUGCCAACUGGGCACUGCCCAGUGCUCUUCAGAAAGAAAGCGUGGCCUCUCCUCAGUCCUUUUUUAGUGCCUUUGUGCGAGCGUGUCACUGUUGAUUGCCAGGUAUCCUGAGUGUGACCUAAUACUGGCCAGACUUGACCUUUUUUAAAGCCGUUUUGACACAUAGCCUUUGCCUCCUGUAGGCCGCCUGGCUCAGGAGAUCUUUCUACCACACCUUUCUCUGUACACACAUCUACAAAGGAUACAGUGCCGGUGAACUGUGUUGUCGUGCUUCACUGCUGGCGUUAGAGUGUGUGUGUGUGUGUGUGUGUGUGUGUGUGAGAGAGUGUGUGUGCGUGUGUGCGUGCACAUGCUUGUGCAUAGAGAAAGUGAUGAGGGAAGUACAUGGAUAGAAUAUCAUGAUGUAAUUUCAAGUAAGAGGUGUGUUUGUGUGUGUGUGUGUGUGUGUGUGUGUGUGUCUGUAUGUUUCGCGAUAAGCGUGACUACAAAAAUACUAAAUGCCAUAAUAUAAAGUGUGAAACCUGAUUAUUUUCUAUUUAUUUUUAUUUUAAAAUUAAAAAUCCUUAACCACAAUCUGUGACGGACACUAAAGGUGUUGAGAUGCUAACAUGGUGUUGAUGCUUACAUGAUGUUGCUUGGUCACUGGGUUGUCGGAAUAGUUCACUGAAAAGAAGUGUUGUGAUGUUGAUUGUAUUGGAAAUGUCGUCUGCUCUCUUUAACGUGGCUUUCUUCCUAUUAAUGGUUACUACUGAGAUAGGCUGGCAAUAACACAAGUCCUUCAGAGCAGGUUUUUCAGAGCUCAUGUAUCUCUGGUGUGAAGAGAUUCUUCUUAUUUACUGCAUGUAGCAGAUGUUGCAUUCUGUGUUGCCAGGUUAAAGCAAGAAAACCCCUUGAUGAAAGUGAAGACACUGGAAAUGAGGCAAAGUGUAGUGUUAUGGUAUGGUAGUGCUUCUAGUAAGUGCUUGUAGUCUUGUUUCAAUCCUAAGACUUGGGUUGCAUUCUGUGAGUGGAUGGCAAAGUACGUUUAAAUGGUUGGAUUUCAACUUGACACAAUAGAUGUUUAACAUUUUGUUUGGUUGUUGGGCGGUGGGGGGGGGGGGGGGGGGGGAGUACAUAUCCAAACGAAUGCUGACUUGAAAAUUGUUAGCAUUAUCCACUGGGUUUGUGCACAUUUGGUGAAAGUUGGGCAAAAGUGCAAAACAUUUUCUGAGCUUUGAAUGGGCCAAACUGUAUUUUUAUUAUUAUUUUGGUUGAAUUAUUCCUUGCCAUUUUAAAAUCAAAUGUAUUCAAAAUAUGUUAGAAAUGGCAAUCCUAUUUUGUUACCAAAUGAAAAUUUAUAUUGUUAAGUAACUUAAAAAAAAGGUUAUUUGCACUUCUCAUAAUCCGUACUUGAUACAUUCCCUAUUUCUAUGGAAACUCACAGUGUCAUGUUUGGCCAUUAAAUUUGACAGUUCUACUCAUUCAGUUCUGUUCUACUCAA